GUCGAGCUGCGGCGAUUCUCUGCUGAUGGAUGCCAGCCCUAAACCGCCUGCUCAGGAAUUUAGAGCCUCAGGCUGGAAGACUUAGGAGCUGGAUUCAAAGCUUGUUGACUCAAGCACAGGCUUAGCCCUCUGCUUAGCUCUUGUGUUUGUGUGGGCAUCCCAGGAUAGAAAGUUUGGUUUGCUGCUAUGCCACAGCUUCUCUCACCUUCCCCCAUUCUCAGUAUCUAACGUAUACUUCUCACCCUUAGAAUACUCUAGAAUGGCUACUCUGAUCUUUGUGGAUAAGGAAAAUGGAGAACCAGGCACUCGUGUGGCUCCCAAGGAUGGGCUGAAGCUGGGGUCUGGGCCUUUAAUCAAAGCCUUAGAUGGGAGAUCUCAGGUUUCAACACCACGUGUUGGCAAAGUAUUUGCUCCACCAGCCUUACCUAAAACUGCUAGAAAGGCUUUGGGAACUGUCAACAGAACUACAGAAAGCUCAACGAAGGCAAAUGGACCCCUCAAACAAAAACAGCCAAUCAUUUCUGCCAAAAAGAUGACUGAGAAAACUGUUAAAGCAAAAAGCUCCAUUUCUACCAUGGAUGACAGCUAUCCGGAAAUAGAAAAAUUCUUUCCCUAUGAUCCUCUAGAUUUCGAGACUUUUGACCUGCCCGAAGAGCACCAGAUUGCACACCUCCCCUUGAGUGGAGUGCCUCUCAUGGUCCUUGAUGAGGAGCGAGAGCUUGAAAAGCUGUUUCAGCUGGGACCCCCUUCUCCCAUGAAGAUGCCCUCUCCACUAUGGGAAUCUGAUCUGUUGCAGUCUCCUUCAAGCAUUCUGUCGACCCUGGAUGUUGAAUUGCCACCUGUUUGCUGUGAUAUAGAUAUUUAAAUUUCUUAGUGCUUUAUAAUGUGUGUGUAUUUAUAUUAAUAAAGCAUUUCUGUGUUUAAUAGA